CAGAAUAAACCACCUUUCAAGGAAGCCAUAAAAUAAAUUUGUACUGCAUCAGUCAAGAGCAUCUCCAGGAACACAGUCUGACCAGCAAUGUAAGAAGGCAAAAUAAAGGUUUUGCUGAGCAAUGGCCCUUGGAUGAAGCAAAACAUUUAAAAUCAGGGCAGUCCAUUUGUUCAGAUAGGGGGUGCACUCUGGGGCUACAGCUAAGGCCAUGCGGUCACAGCAGGAUCUGGGGUCACAGCAGGCUGAGGUCACAGCAGGCUGUGAGGUCAUAGAGGUCCCAGAGCCCCGUGGCUGCACAGCACCACAAUGCCCAAGCAGGCAGUCCUUGAGCACAACUGUUGCGGCGGCAGCAGCGGUGGCAGCAGUGGUGCUGACAUUGGGACAGCGGUGUCAGGAGAGUGGUGGCAGCAAGAGUGGUGGGACUGGCAGAGGGCAGGGCACCAUGGCCCUUGCUCUUUGCCUCCUCCUCCUGCUCCUCCUGGUCGUGGCCCUGCCUGCCAGGGCUGCCCAGGCUGCUCCGAUGAAAGCGCAGGGAGCAGAUUGGGAUGGCGACUUGGAUUAUUAUGAAGCCGUGCUGGAAAAUGGCUUGAAGUUCUUGGAUGAUGUUGGAGCUGAACCUGUUGGUGAAGGUGGUGCAGCUUCCCCACCCAUACCCAUCACUGAGCUUCUGGGAGAUGCUGACGGUGUGGCUGCAGGGAGGGCUUCUCCAGCUCCCUUGCUAGUUACUGCCUGCAAGCCCAGCUCCCAUCGCAGGGGUCCCCCAACAGGAAAGAUACAAGAUGCUGCAGGCAAGAUAUCCCUGGAACCAUACAAACUCAAGCAGCAAAUGCUGAAGGAAAUGGAGCAGGCCAGACAAAUAGAUGGAGAAGCUGUGCUGAAGGCAGUGUUUCCCAGAGGAAGCAGAGAUUCUGUGCCAGCCUCUGCUCUAGGAAGAGAAGUGAUGCCAGGCAGAGUCACAGGAGACUGGGAUCGUGACAUGGCUUAUAUGGAAAAUCUGGUGAAGGACAGUUUGAGGAAUCUAAAUCGUGGUGGAGGUCCUCCUGGAGAGAUGAACCAGGACAGAGAAGACAAGAAAUCCCUGGAGGCAGCCAGGCAUCUGGACCAGAUGCUGAGUGAUCUGGAGAGACGCCGUGCGAUGAACCAGGAGUCUCUACAGAAGGUGACUGUUCCAGAAAGAAGCAGUGGCCUAGUGCCAGCUUUCACUGCAGGAGGGCAGGCAGUUCCAGGCACUGGCACAGGAGAAAUGCUUGGCAAGUCUAGUACAAAUGCCCAGAAUGGACCGAGCACCCGAAGAAUUGUCUGCCCCCAGGAUGUGCGCAGGUCCUGCAUGAUAGGCACAGUGGUGACACUGUUCUCUGUGCCACUUGUGCUGAUGGGCUGCUAUCUUGGCAUUCGGAAGAUGUACGAGAGCAGAGGACUCUUGAAACUUAUGUUGGUUUGAUGUGACCAACAGAAGAGUUUUGCUCUGCUUUUAGUUCAAACAAGAAGCAGCCCCGGAACCUGUAGAGAAGAGUCUCUUCACUUCAUAGCUAAAGCAAACUGCCAGCGUUCUUUUUUUCCAUCUCUGGGCAGGAAGAUAAAAAUCUAUCAUCA